CUGGGCUCACUGUUGACCAGGCAGUGUGUGGGUGAGAGCAACUUAGAAGGGCUGAGAGCUCUGUGUCUGGUUUAGAGCUAAAACCCGAUAGAAACCAUUAAAAAUGACUGCCGUCCACCGCUUAGUUAUUGUCCGCCAUGGAGAGAGUGCCUGGAACCAAGAAAACCGCUUCUGCGGCUGGUUUGACGCUGACCUUAGCGAAAAGGGAGUGGAGGAGGCCAAGCGUGGAGCCCAGGCUAUCAAGGAAGCAGGCCUGAAGUUUGAUGUGUGCUACACCUCAGUGCUGAAACGUGCCAUCCAGACCCUGUGGACCAUUAUGGAGGGCACUGACCAGAUGUGGCUGCCUGUGAUUCGUUCCUGGCGGCUGAACGAGCGCCACUACGGAGGCCUCACUGGACUCAACAAGGCAGAGACUGCUGAGAAGCACGGCGAGGAGCAGGUGAAGAUCUGGCGUCGAUCUUUUGACAUCCCACCUCCAUCUAUGGAUAAGGAUCACCCUUACCACAAAAUCAUCAGUGAGUCUCGGCGUUACAAGGACCUGAAGCCUGGUGAACUGCCUACAUGUGAGUCCCUGAAGGACACCAUUGCCCGUGCCCUACCAUUCUGGAAUGAAGUUAUUGCUCCGCAAAUCAAAGCCGGGAAGAAUGUAAUUAUCGCCGCUCACGGGAACAGCCUCCGUGGCAUCGUCAAGCACCUAGAGGGCAUGUCUGACGCAGCCAUCAUGGAGCUGAAUCUUCCGACAGGAAUCCCAAUCGUAUACGAACUGGAUGCAGACCUGAAGCCGGUCAAGCCCAUGUCUUUCCUCGGUGAUGAGGAAACCGUGAAGAAGGCCAUGGAGGCUGUGGCUGCUCAGGGCAAAGCCAAGAAGUAAGCCUGCUUUGGAGGCUCCAUGAGGAGGCAGAAAUUUAGACUUUUCACCCCAGUGUUUCACUUCCAGCUUUUCCUCAUAUUUCAUUCCAAAUUGGGGAAGUGGUUAAUGGUUCUUUGGAAGAAUGGCCAGGUCCCUACAUUUUACACAGCAACACAUCACUCAGUCCUUUUAAAUUGUGGUCUAGCCCUAGUUUGUAGUAUUCACAACUCUGGCACAUUCAAUAAACAAAUCAUGUUUGUUUGUA